UGCAACUUCCAACGGCGCGGCGGUGGCGCGGAUGGGGCUUUUGGGCUGGCCGUGGGCUCGCCGCCGGCAAGGCCCGUCCACCUUCGACCGCGCCUCCACCGCCGAGGAGGUCACCGCCGGCGUCGACGCCACCCACCUCACCGCCAUCGUCACAGGAGCGACGAAUGGGAUCGGGAGGGAGACGGCCCGAGUCCUCGCGCUGAGGGGAGCGGAGGUCAUCAUACCGGCGAGGACGAUGGCGAGCGGCGCCAAGGUGAAGGAUAGCAUCGCGGGGGAGGUCCCGGGAGCCAAGCUCCACGUCAUGGAGAUGGACCUCGCCUCCCUCGCCUCCGUCCGCCGCUUCGCCAAGUCGUUCAGCUCAUCACACGCCCAUCUCAACAUCCUCGUAAACAAUGCAGGGAUAAUGGCAUGCCCUUUCCAGCUAUCAAAGGAUGGGAUUGAGCUGCAGUUCGCAACGAAUCAUGUCGGUCAUUUCUUGCUGACAAAUCUCCUGCUCGACAAGAUGAAAUUGACUGCUAGAAAGACUGGUGUGCAGGGAAGGAUCAUAAACGUAUCUUCUGUUGCGCAUAAGAGAAGUGAUGGUUCUUGUUUUGAUCUGAACAAGCUAAACGAUAAGUCUAGGUACAAGCCAUUCAUUGCAUAUGCACACUCCAAAUUAGCCAAUAUUCUUCAUGCAAAUGAGUUAGCCAGGCGGUUGCAGGAAGAAGGAUGUAAUUUGACUGCAAAUUCCCUGCAUCCUGGAGUGAUCCUCACCAACAUCACUCGCUAUGUCUUGCCAAGCAGCAUGGUGACUUCAAUCCUGUCUGUGGCAAACCUCUUUCUGAAGAACACACAACAGGGAGCUGCAACCACAUGCUACCUGGCACUCCAUCCUGACGUGAAGGAUGUGUCCGGCAAGUACUUCGCGGACUGCGAGGAAGCCACACCAAGGCCUGCUGGAAGAGAUGCAGAGCUAGCGAAGAGGCUCUGGGAUUUCAGCGAACAGCUUGUGGAUUCUAAUCAGCAUGGAGAAAUCAACAGACGAAAAUGACACUGUUAGACUAUCUGAAAUUCUGUUAACUUUGACCAUGUCUCAACUUGAGAUCCUUCAGAUACAGCUUAUGAUUUGAGGGCUGUCAGUGCACGGUUGUUUGCAUGUGUAAACAAAUUCCAAUGCGUUGAUAAUCAGACUAAUUUUCAACUUCAUUUCAAAAGAAAACAAUCACCUUUU